AUGUCAAAUACAAUAGACACGGGCAAGCUGGCCCUGAUCUCUCAGGGUGCGGCCUACGGGCUCCUGAUUGGACUUGGCGUCCUUUUUUGCGGUGUCAUCUUGAUCGCCGUUAAGAUCCAAAAGCUGUAUCUUUCGGAGGAUUCUGGCAAAUCGGAGAUGUUCAUGGUCGCCAAUCGGUCUGUUGGAACGGGUUUAACAGCAUCUGCGGUGUUUUCAUCUUGGAUGUGGAUCAACGAGACUGUGCUGGCAGCUGCAAUGUGCUACAGGUACGGCUUGGCCGUUCCAUUGUGGUGGGGAUCUGGACUAUGUUUCCAAAUUGCAUUGAUGGCGGCACUUGGCGUAAUGGCCAAGAUUCGAGUUCCUUACGCGCACACUUCUCUUGAAAUCGUACGAAUGAGAUAUGGCAAGAUUGGACAUCUUGUUUUUAUUGUGCUCAACUUAGUGAACAAUGUCUUUGGAUGUGCCUCUAUGAUCAUGACGGGGUCCCAGCUUAUCUAUGGUGUCUCGGGUAUGCACUUUGUGGCAGCGACUAUACUGAUUCCCCUAGGAGUUGUGCUAUAUACCGCAGUAGGUGGCCUGAAGGCUACUUUCUUAACUGACUUCCUGCAUACCACCAUUGCGUUGAUCCUCAUCAUCUACUUCACAAUUGCUGUUCUGACGAACGACGCAAUUGGCGGUUUGGGUGGCCUCUAUGAUAAGGUAGCGGCUACUGCUAGCGAGAACUACAUUUCUGGUAACUACCAAGGAUCUGUCCUCACUUUUAAAUCCAAAGGCGCAAUCAUCUGGGGUUUAAUUCUGAAGUUUGGCAACUUGGCUCUUGUUGUUAUGGACACUGCAUUCUGGCAAAAAUCGUUCGCAACCGAAGUUAAAGCUACCGUGCCGGGCUACAAUAUAGCUGCGCUCGCGGUUUUCGGCAUCCCUUGGGGAAUCGGCACAGUGCUUGGCUUGACAGCUCGGGCAAUCCACAACACCCCCAUUUUCCCAACCUACCCCGACCCUCUAACCGACACUGAAGUCAGCAUGGGCAUGGUGAUGCCAUAUGUUAUCAAAGCGCUGAUUGGUGAUGGCGGAAUCGUGGGAUUCUUCAUCUUACUCUUCAUGGCAAUCACCAGCACGGUUUCCUCUUCCAUGAUUGCAGUUAGUAGUAUUUUGUCCUAUGAUUUGUACAAAACAUACUUCAACCCGCAGGUGACAGACAAAAAGCUCGUCAAGGUCAGUCAUCUGACAGUCGUGAUUCACGGUGUCUUCAUCACUGGAAUCUCAAUCGCCUUGAAUUACGGAGGCGCCAAUAUGACUUGGAUCAACUAUUUGCGACCCGUGAUAUCUUGCCCAGGAAUCAUCCCGCUCAUUCUUACACUAUUCUGGUCAAGACAAACUCGACUUGCUGCCAUCGUAUCUCCGAUCCUUGGUUUCUUCACUGGUCUUACAGUCUGGCUUGUAACCGCGAAGACAAUGUAUGGCGCCGUGGACAUCGCAGCUACAUCGAACGAAUAUCCGGCCCUUUAUGCGGCGAUCGCAUCUUUCUUCUCGCCGGCCCUAUAUUCCGUUGUUCUCUCGAUAUACAAGCCAUACACCUUCGACUGGCGAGAGUUCCUCCGCAUCGAACUACAAGACGAAGCCAAACUACACGCCGAUUCCGACUCUGCGACACCAAACGAUAGCGGUGAUGAGAAUGCCAAAGGAUUCAGAGGGAAUGAGAUUGCCAAACCUGUUGGAAUUACACCCACUUCCAACUCGAUCAACAGCAAUGACCCAGAGCAUGUUGGCGGUAUCGAUGAAAAGGCUCCACCGGAGACACCACCGUCCCUUGCGGUGGAGCAACAAAGUCUAGACGACAUCCAACAUCCAUUCGAUGACAAAACAAUCAAAGAACUUUACCGCUGGCUAAAAAUUGCCAUUGUGUUUUUCAUUGUCAUUGUCUUGGUCACUAUCGUCGCCUGGCCUCUCCCGCUUUAUCGUGACUACAUCUUCACGAAGUCUUUCUUUUCCGGAUGGGUAACAGUCGCUAUUAUAUGGCAAUUUGGAGCAUUUGGGGCGGUGGUUGUUUACCCUCUCUACGAUGGAAGACACGAGAUCGCAACAGGCGCCCGUGGAAUUUGGAAUUCCUCAAGACGCUAUUUCGGCAAGAGGGGAGAGACUUAA